AUGUCUGGAAUCUGGGGUAUUGGUGUUGCAACUCAGAAAGUUAACCUGAAUCAGAUUCCUCUCGGCCGAGAUGUGCACAGUUUGGUGAUGAGAAACGAUGGAGCUCUGUACCACAACAAUGAAGAGAAAAACAGGCUGCCAGCAAACAGCCUUCCUCAGGAGGGAGAUGUGGUGCGUGGGGGGCGGGCACACGGCCAUCCCAAGGGAUGCAGAGUGCGCAGGCGCACGCCGUUUCCCGCCCGCCAACCACGCCUCCUCCGCGCCGUCACGCCGCUGGUCCCGCCCACCUCCCUGAGCGGCCGCGCCCUCCGGUCCACAGCUUCUCCCAGGCCCGACGUGCCUGGGCCUGCGUUGCGCCUCCCAGCCCCGGGCGUCGCUGUUCCGGUGGGCGCGGGCGCUCGGGAGGGGGCGGGAGGCGGGGUGGAGCGGUGGGGAGGGGGCGUUGUCGCUACGACCAAGGGACGGCGGCAGCUCGGUAGUCCUGGAGCUAUGGCCGCGUCGGUCUUCUGCUGCCUGCGGUGCUGCAGGGACGGCGGGACCGGCCACAUCCCCCUGAAGGAGAUGCCGGCCGUGCAGCUGGACACGCAGCACAUGGGUAAGGGCCUCCCUUCCCCGCCCAGACCCCAACGGCCCGCGGAGGCUGGGCCCGGCGUGCCGGGGGCCCGGCGGGGCGUCGGGAGGAUGUCGCGCGCCGUGGGGCGGCGGCGUCUGGACGCCCUGGGGUUUCCGCUGGCGGACUCGACCUGGUCUGGGUUCUGUGUUCAAGGCUGCGCCGCCGGUGGCCGCGGCCGGCGUCGGGAGCGGGGCGGGGUUGAUGACAGUGCAAUUUUGGAUUGUCAAUUCAGUGAAUUUUAUCAUACUCCUCCACCAGGUUUUGAAAAAAUACUGUUUGAACAGCAGAUCUUCUAAAUAGAUUUGUUUUUGAAACUUGUAUUUCUUCACUGUUACAAGUAUUUCCCAGUUAAUAAAACUUUACCUGGCUAUAGAUAAAAAUAUAUUCUUUAAAACUUGCUUGUUAAUAUUGUCAAAGGAACCAUUAUAUACAAUGUACAACUCAGAAGUUUUAAUUUGAAAUACUUAUGCUUUAUGAUAUGAAAAUCUGCAUUGUGGGCAAUUUAUUUAAUUCCUAUUUAAAUAAAUGUAACUAUGAGUGAUUAACAGUAUUUAGUGACAACAUGUAUAUCAGUAUUUAAAGGGAAUCUUUUCUUAUAUAUAAAAUGUUUGUUUUGAUAGAGAUGUAAAAUUGAGUUGUUUUUAAUAACACUUUGAACUUUAGACAUCUAAGUGUAUUUAAGUCUGCAGUUUGAUACUUUUUGUCUCCUUGUCCAUUUUUAUACACAGUAUAACAAAACAACAAAAUUUAUUAGCAAUUUCAUUUUGGUCUUUUUACUGUACUCAUGUACCACUUUUCUUAAUACUUUGAUUGCCUAUUCCUUUGUGGUGUGUGGCUGCUUUUGACUUGCUUUGUUGAAGAAGAUAAGUGUUUUAGUCAUUGUAAGAGCAAGCAGUGGCUGAUUGAUGAUAUAGUAAGAUACUUUAAAUUUAAAUGAGAUUAUUCUUUGAAGGACUUCUAUUUAAAUAUGUAUUUUCUAUAAGGAAUAAUAAAAUACUAGUAAUUAAGGAAUAUUCAUAACAUAUUAAAUAUUCUUCCCAUCUUAAUUUAUAGAGGACGUUCACUUUGCCUUUGACUAUUUUAGAAGUUCAAGGAUAAGCAAGUCCUCCCCAUUAGCCUGAUACUUGUCCUCACCAUUACCUUUAGUUAAAACUCCACUGAACUGAAAAGGUACUGAUCUUCAGGUACAUUCAAAUGAGCAUGUCACGAUGCAUACCUUUCACUCCUUUAAUCAGGUAGUAACUUAUAUUGACUAGAUUUGCAGUUGUGUUGCUUACUUCCUUGUUUUCUCAAGAGAAUUCCUCAAUACCUGGACUCCUAGGUUUCUCCACUAAUAAAAGGACAGUUAUGCUUAUCUGAUCAGGUUCUGUCUAGCCGAUAAGGGUAGUGUACAUGCGCCUUACUCAUCAUAGGCCCUGCCCUGCACACAUGCAGUUUCCAAGUUGGAGUGGAACAGUGUCUGCUGAUGCACGUCUGGCCAGCAGUGGUGAUGGCAGUACCUCAGAACUUUUGAGUUCAUGGACAGUCAGGCCCCAGCCUAUACCCCUAAAUCAGAAAAGUUGAGGACAGCACCAGGCAUUGUUUUUGAACAAGCACUUGGGUAGACUUGGUCCUCACCCAAGUUAAUCACUGUGAAGGAAAGAACCACUGAAAGAUUUUUCACAAUGAAAAAAGAAAAAAAAAAGAACCACUGAAAGGAGAGAAUGCUUCAGGAAGAAUUACCUGCUAUAUAUUUUGUACAGAUUUAAUAUGCUAUUUUUGCCCUAUAAGCUAGAGAAUCCUGCGCAAUGCUUGGUUACUAUUUUGGUAGAUAAAAAUGUGACUGCUUUGAAAACAGAUAUGCUUAUGUACCAUACAUAUUGACAUAAAUCCCACAUUUUACCUCUGUGAAGAUCUAUGAAGUUUAGGUAUAUAUGUUAUUUAUCCAUGUUCAUCAGACUGUCCGUAAUUUUUGUAAAAAAAAAUGCUUCCAUAGGGAAGUGACUUAAAGUGGUUCUCUGUCUAUAUAAUGUUAUCUACCUCUAAGUUUUGUUUUUACAAAGCCAAACUUUAUUAUUCUGCUUUGUAAUCAUACAGAGACAUAAUGCUUGACAUAGUAUAUGAAUUAUAUCUAUGGUAAUAGUUUGAAGUCUAGAUGUGUGUUGAAUCUGUAGGUAAUAAAUUCCUCUUGGGAUGAUUA